CCGUAGGAUGCUGACGGACUAGAAACAUGGCGGCUGUCACUUUCAUUAGCCGUCCUGUGUGUGUCCUUCCCCGACUGUCAAGCAGCUGUUCCCCUGCGGUACUGGCUGCAGCCCCUGUGUCGGUGCAGCACAGGAACGUCCAUCAUGCCGUAAUACCUCGUGGCAAAGGGGGGCGCUCUUCCUCCAGCGGCAUCGCUGCCACAGUGUUCGGGGCCACCGGGUUCCUCGGCAGAUAUGUGGUCAAUCGCCUGGGUCGCAUUGGCUCCCAGAUCGUUAUCCCACAUCGAUGUGACCAGUAUGACAUCAUGUACCUUAGACCAAUGGGAGAUCUUGGCCAGAUUAUCUUCAUGGAAUGGGAUGCACGGGACAUGGACUCCAUCAGAAGGGCAAUAGCUCACUCUAAUGUGGUCAUCAACCUGGUGGGACGUGAGUGGGAGACCAGGAACUAUCGCUUUGAGGAUGUUUUCGUGACCAUUCCUCAACAGAUUGCCAGGGCGACCCGUGAAGCUGGAAUCACAAAGUUCAUUCACGUGUCCCAUUUAAACGCAGACAUCCGCAGCCCUUCAAAAUACCUUAGGAACAAGGCUGUGGGUGAGACAGCCGUGAGGGACGAAUUUCCAGAUGCCAUCAUUAUGAAACCCUCCGAGUGCUUUGGGAGAGAGGAUCGAUUCUUCAACCACUUUGCCAACAUGCGCUGGUUUGGCAAAGCUGUUCCCCUCAUUGCUAUGGGCAAGAAAACGGUCAAGCAGCCCGUUCACGUGGUGGAUGUGGCCAAGGCUAUUGUCAAUGCCAUCAAAGAUCCUGACGCCAAUGGUAAAACAUACGCACUAGUCGGGCCGAACCGUUAUCUCCUGCAUGACCUGGUAGAAUACGUGUAUGCUGUCGCCCACAGGCCCUUUGUGGCGUACCCCAUGCCUCGACCCAUCUAUCAUCUGAUCGCUAGCAUCUUUGAGAUGAACCCUUUUGAGCCCUGGACAACUCGUGACAAAGUAGACCGGUUCCACACCACAGAUAUGAAGUACCCUGGUCUGCCCGGCCUGGAGGACCUGGGCAUCGUUCCAUCGUCCGUGGAGCAGAGAGCCAUCGAGGUCCUCCGCCGCCAUCGCCGCUUCCGCUUCCUGGACGCUGACCUGGCGGAGACCAAGCCGGCCAAAACCGUUAACUAUUGAUCACCCUGGAGUCAGCGUCAGACCGCCGCAGCCGCCUGCUGCCCAACACACGCUGUGCUGUCUUAUUUUACUAAUAUUCUGUAUGUAAAUAAAGGAAAGAAAAUAAAUCCA